AUGAACAACACAAGCGUCGCGGAAGGAAACGGUUCCUCAUUGCCAGCCUUACCGUACAUUGAUCGUCUGGAAGAAAAGUUGGCCAUCCUCAAAGCAAUCAGCGACACGGAGAUCUCCAGCGAAACACCCAAUGAACCGCCAAGGCGUAUUGCUCAGACUGGAGUCAAGGAGAACGUCUGGGCUGCUUUCUUGGUUGCAACUGUGGAAGAACUCCAUCAAUUCCUUGAUUUCAAGGUAAGAAGUGGCAGGUUCUUCGUCGAAACGAUUGAAACAAUACUUGUUGGCGUUGAUUUCGCAGUUGCGAACGUCAUAUCAAUAGUGAUGAACAAGCGAAAUACCGUAACAUCUUCAUAUGCAACAUCCUCUGGGCAAACAGCAUCCUCCAAGCAGACGACACCCUCUAAACCGGCAACGAGCAAGAGUGGCGUUGGCAGCGGCAUUCAAAGUCUGCUAGGCAAGGCGAAGAAGAAGACACGCAACCAGAUUUCCAUUGACCAGACUAAAGAGAGGAAUGGAGGGAAGUGCACACUACUUCAUACCACCGUCAAAGAGGAUGUCCACAUAUAUCCGGUGGCCCAGACGAAGGCCGCAGCAGCAUGUAAAAACUCACUCUACGCGCUGGGAUUCAUCUGGGGCGGCAACACGUGCGACAAGUUCAAGGACGCACUAAGCAUCAAGGACUUUGACAUCCCCAAGAAUAUGGUCACCCUUGACAAUGCACCUCGCCAUUUGUGGGAUACUGGGAAGAUCACUUUCUCCCCUGUUCUGUGUUUACCUAACAGGAUCGACCUAGCAGUUCGCGUCUUGGAGCCCUUGGACUGUGGCAAGAGGAAGGGAGCAGGGUCCGAGCUUCCCGAAGGCAUUGCGACGGAUCCCAGAACUAAGAUGACAGACUACAAGAAUCUGGCCGACACGAUUAUCGAGAAGCUAGCAAAACGGCCAGUCGAAGUGUGUUUCAUCUCUGCGGAUACUCAUUAUCGGAUCAACGACGGGCACCGUUUCACCAUCACCUCAGACGACUCCAAUAUGCUUCCAAGUCCAGAGCUCCUGAAACUAAGGGACCGAAUUAUGACCAUGAUGACGCUGAAUGGAGGUGAGGACGUCGACGAAGAUGUGCUGUAUAGCUUUAGUGGCGGGGAUGAUGCCCCGAGGGUUCUGUUUGGAGAUGGAGAUGUUGAUAUUGAUCUGAAAAAUAAGGUACUUGAGUGGAGUAAGCGUGCCGGAGAAGAGCUUGCUCCGUUGACCAUUGACGAGACGAACGAAAUGGCCUGGACCUCGUCGGCGAUCCAGCAGUCAGAGGAUAUGGGAGACAUCUUCCCUCCUGAGAGCCAGCCGGAAGAUCAAGGCGAGAGCCAGGGAGAGGAUUAG